CGCAGGGGCUGAGCGCCGCCGGGCGCGGGGCGGUGCCGCUGCCGCUGCCCUCCGGGAGCCGUCGGGCGCCGCGGGCGCACGGCGGGGCUCAGCGCCGCGCCGCCACUCUCUCCCUGCCGGCUGCGGCAGCGCCCUGUGAUACCCAUCACUGCGCCUUCUCGUCCUCCUCCUCUUUUUUUGUUUUUUUUCCUUCCCCCUUUCCUCCCCCCUCCCCCUUCACAUUUUUGUUUUACAGCGCGCUGAGAGUAGCCUCUCUGCCAUUUACUUGAUUUGCAGGUUUGUUGUAUCUAUUUGGGGGCUUUUUUCGUCCUCCUUUUUUGCUGUCCGGCUCAUUUCACUCCCGAAUUUUUAUCUAAUUGUAGCAACUUGCUUUUUCUCUCUUUUUUUUUUCUUAUUAUUAUUGCUGGUGGUUUUUUUCACUAGCGCCUGCCGUGCGUUUUCCGAUUGCGAGCCGCCCUCGCAGCCGGGUUUUUAAGAGCAUUUUGUCUGCAGAUCUCCCCUUUGUUUGCACAGAUCCCGUUUUUAUUUUUUGAUUUUUUUUUUCUUGUUGUCGUUCGUUAAGUCCCUUUUUUUUUUUUUUUUUUUUUUUUUUUGGUUGGGGGGGCGCUGUAUUUAAACACUUAAAAUGCACUGCUAUCUCCUGAGCGUGCUCCUCACCGUGGAUCUGGCCACCGUGGCUCUCAGCCUGUCUACCUGCAGCACCCUCGACAUGGAUCAGUUUAUGCGCAAGAGGAUCGAGGCAAUCCGGGGGCAGAUCUUGAGCAAACUGAAGCUCACCAGCCCCCCGGACGAGUACCCCGAGCCGGAGGAGGUGCCCCCGGAGGUCAUCUCCAUCUACAACAGCACCAGGGACCUGCUGCAGGAAAAAGCCAACCACCGAGCUGCCACUUGCGAGAGGGAGAGGAGCGACGAGGAGUAUUAUGCCAAAGAAGUUUACAAAAUAGACAUGCAGCCUUUUCACCCCGAAAACGCCAUCCCGCCGAGCUAUUACAGCCUUUACUUCCGAAUCGUCAGGUUCGACGUCUCGGCCAUGGAGAAGAAUGCCUCUAACCUGGUGAAGGCUGAGUUCAGGGUCUUCCGCCUGCAGAACACCAAGGCCCGCGUCUCGGAGCAGCGGAUAGAGCUGUACCAGGUUUUAAAAUCUAAAGAAUUAUCAUCACCAGGACAGCGCUAUAUCGACAGCAAAGUAGUUAAAACAAGAGCUGAAGGAGAAUGGUUGUCUUUUGAUGUCACUGAGGCUGUACAUGAAUGGCUCCAUCACAGAGACAGGAAUCUUGGAUUUAAGAUAAGCUUACAUUGUCCAUGCUGUACCUUUGUGCCUUCCAAUAAUUACAUCAUCCCAAAUAAAAGUGAGGAGCUUGAAGCAAGAUUUGCAGGUAUUGAUGACUACACAUAUUCCAGUGGUGAUGUGAAAACUUUAAAGUCCAAUAGGAAAAAAUACAGUGGGAAGACCCCACAUCUUCUGCUAAUGUUGUUACCCUCCUACAGACUUGAGUCGCAACAGCCCAGUCGGCGGAAGAAGCGUGCUCUAGAUGCUGCCUAUUGUUUUAGGAAUGUGCAGGAUAAUUGCUGUCUGCGUCCACUUUAUAUUGACUUCAAGAGGGAUCUUGGCUGGAAAUGGAUUCAUGAACCUAAAGGAUACCAUGCUAAUUUCUGUGCAGGAGCCUGCCCAUAUUUAUGGAGCUCAGAUACUCAGCAUAGCAGAGUACUCAGCUUAUAUAACACCAUAAAUCCAGAAGCUUCAGCCUCUCCAUGCUGUGUGUCCCAGGAUUUGGAACCCCUCACCAUCCUCUACUACAUUGGAAAAACACCGAAAAUCGAACAGCUUUCCAACAUGAUUGUCAAGUCUUGCAAGUGCAGCUAAAGGAUAUCCCUGAAACAGCAUGACAUGUGUUUAUAAAAAAUAAAGACACCCCAAGGAAAAAAAAGAAAGAAAGAGUGAGAAGGAAAGAAAGAAAAAUAAAAACCCGGGUUCAUCAGUGUUAGAAGAAAAAAAAGUGGUACUAGUCUGAACUGUUGGAAAGUUUGUUUUGUUUUUUUUUUCAAACUGGCAUCUGAAGCAAAACAUUGAAGGCUUUUUCCUACAUUUCACCUACACAUAGUGUGAGAUAGACAAGAAGCAAAGUUAAAGAAAAAAAGAAACCUUUUAAAAAAUAAACACUGGAAGAAAUUUGUUAGUGUUACUAUGUGAAAGGAAAAAAACAGGAAAAUCCCAUGAAGUGGAGUUGCUGUAUCUGUCCCGUGCCUUACUUGAUCUCUCUAUAUUGUUACACAAUAGGCAUCCUACCCACUCCUCUUAGCUAUAGAGUUAACAGUGUAUUAUUUAUUUGUGUAUAAAAACUAUCAAAUGAACAUUUCUGUAUCACCAUUGGGAAAACGAAAACCAGCCAGUGUGGACAAGGUGGAGACCAAAUAAACUGCCAGAAAUACAUAUAAAGCCUAAAGGAACACAAGCUCAAAAGAAUCAGAAAAGUAAUGGUUACUUUAGUUUGAUUAAAAUAGAAAUCAGUUAUUACAUUACUGACAAACUCUGCCUUUAAAAUACCUUAUUUUUCAUGCCAGCUGCCUAGAGAGACUUCCUGUAAGGUCUCAAACCCUUGUUUUAAAUACUGAAUAAUUUACUAAUAAAGGACACUCUGUUUCAGUCUAAAAGACAAGUCUAUAAGAUUUUUUUUUUUACUGUAAAUGAUUUAAAAUGUCAGUUUAGUAAACCAGUGAAAUAUUUAACAUGUACUGGUCUAAUCUUCAGACCUUAAUAUGUUGCUGUAUAGCUAUGCUAUGGGAAUUUUUUUUGUUCUUUUGGUAUAUGUAACCAUACCUAGAGUAUUACAAUAGGUGGGUAGUAAAAGCCAGCUUAAUUGGAAACAUAUCUGUAGAUCUCUAUUUGUAAACUAUUAAAAAAUUAUGUACUUUAAGUGUAAUGUGUAAAUUUUCACAAUAUUUUUGUACUCUGUAAUACUGUCAGCUCUCAUGACUUCGAAUUUUAAUUUGGGGCUCUUUUUGAUCACUCAGAAUCAUGUGUUUCCCUCUAGCUGGCCAGUAUGAGUAGAGUCCCUGUAUUUUGACUUGCACUACAAAUACAUGUUUUAUAAUAAUUGCUAUACAUGUGCUUUGUAUAUUGUUCAUCAUUAUGACAUAAGCUACCUGACUCCCUUUGUUUUUCUGUUUUAUAAAAAAGGAUGGAUUAAAGCAAUCUCCCCCCCCCGCUCUUCCCCUCCUCCUCCAGCUGUCCCCGUUCAUAACACUUGCAUCGCGAUACGGUUCAGAUUUCUGGACCCUCCCCAUUUUCUUUCGGCUGUAGACAUUCAAACAGGUGGGCAGGGUGUGGAGAGAAGAGGGGUCCCAGCCUGGCUGAGACGAGGCAAACCCUUGCAGAGAAUGACAUCCACCACUGUGCAGGAGGCUGUAAGGAGCAGCUGCAGUGGCAAUGCCCUGCGCAUGGUGGGAGUGGGAGCAGAACACACCCGGAUGCAUCAUCCUGGCAUGAGGGAACUCAGUCCUGCAGCUCCUCUGUGGGGCUGCUGCUGCUGCAGGUAACAGAGGCUUGCCUUUGACUUCUGCAGUGGCACUGGAGGGCCCUUUAGGCUGUUGGGGUGUGUGUAAGGAUCAAACCCUUGAUUUUUGCAAGUUUACCAAUUUUUUUUUCUCAAUUGAGUUGAUGCUAAAGCUUCUUUUGAAAAAAUGAGAAAAGAACAUGGGGAUUCCUAGGGUUUUGUUGUUUUCACAUUGUAGAGGGAGUAAAAAGAAAAAAAAAAACACAUUGCAUACUUCGUUUUUAAAAAACUCCCCAAUCUUAAUAGGAAUAAAAAGAAUACUGAAGAAGGUACAAUCAUUUCAUUUCAUGUGAUGGAUGCUUCUGCAGAGCAAAGCUGGAAACCUGCAGUGCAAACAUUCUACUUGGAUGAGAGGGACAUUUUCUGCCACUGUCCUGAGAGUGUUGAGAGGACACUCCUGAGCUUGAUGUUGUCAGUUCCAGUUUUAAGAAGUGCAGUUUCUUUGGCUUCAGCAGAACACUGGUGCAAAACUGAGGUGCCAUGGUGGCUUGCACAGGCAGCUCCUCAGGACUUCUGUGGAGCCUGUGUUUAUUGCCUAGAUGGGAACAUAGCCCCAGAGAUUAUCUAAUCCCACCCACUGACUCAGGAGGAGAAGGUGUGUUAGACUUCUGAUUUAUUUAGUGAGCUGAGGUGAACAGGUGAAGAAUCUGUCCUGCUAACACUUGCUUGAGCCAGACUAACUCUAGUGAGAGGAUGCACUGAACUCAAUGAAACUCCUCAGGGUAAUACAUACUCUGGAUUUUGCUGUAUAACAACAGCAAAAUUAGUUUUAUCAGGUUCAGUAUGAGAACUAUUUUUGUUGGAUAGGAGAGAAGACAAGGGUGAGCACAUUUUACAAAACUUAAAAAUGUUUUUGCAGUUCUCUAAUACAGGAAUGCAGCUUUCAAACCAGUUUUGAAGAAGUGGGAUGGGAGAUAGCUAGUUGUCCAACUAUACUCACUGUGUGCUGGAUGCAGCUGAAAAUUUGAACUUGGAUUUGAAGCAUAGAACGCUAUUUCUGUAAGUCAUUGCCCCAAAAUUGAUUUUUUAAAAAAUUUCUAGUGUUCAUCAAAAUGCACUGAUAAUAUUUGAAAUUCUCUAUUUUAAAGCUCCUACAAUUUAUUUUUUCUUGUUCAGUAGGCAUGUAUUUCCCUUUAAUUAUCAAAGAUGCUAGGCCUGAUCCUACAAUAUGCAGAACUCAUGGGUGAAAUUCCCCUCUGCAGAGUGGGGUAACAUGAGUCCUUAGCGCCUCUCAGGUCUGAUGUAAAUACCCCUCAGAUGAUCUUCAGAUGGGUCUGCAACAGCUCAAGGACUUUAUGCUACAGGGCCUUAUUUUGCCAAGGUGAUUGCCACUGCCUGAGCAAAGUCCCUGAGAACUGAUGGGAAAUGUUUAGCGUCUGGAAAGAUGAGACACAAGGGGCUGCCUGGGGCUGAGGGGGAAUCAUAGCACUUAGCUGGGUGGUGUAGGACCGCACUUCUGAUGUGUUUAGCAUCAAUACAACUGUAUGGUUGGCAUGGUUUAAAGGCAAAAAAAGAAGGAACUUAAAGGACAGCUGUGUUGUACUUUGGUGAUUGAUUACUCUGUACUUUAACACAUUGUAUGUCUUUUUUUGUGGUGCUCUAGUGGUAAAUAAAUUAUUUCAAUUAUA